AUGGGUCUCCCCACCCCACCUACCUCUCUUCCUUCUCUCCCUAUCACUCAAGUCAUCGAUCCGCCCUUCCGUUCCUCACCUACCUUACCCUCGACUUGUGUAAAUCGUAUGGUUGGCCCAUUUGAGGAAGACUCACAGUUCAACGAUAGUCUGGAGAGGCGUCGUGCCUCAGAUAAUGACCAAGCCCUGCGACCUAGUGACUCGAAUCGCCGGUAUGGUCAGAGGGUGAGUAGUCCUGCCGCCCACAUGAAUGGGCGGUCUCCUCGAAUCGCCUCAAAUGAAGUCCCUCAAGACUUCGGGGCAUCAGGUCUACUUCUCGACUCAUUUGAUCCGACGAACGGUGAAUCCUCCAAUGUAGGUAUUGCUCUUUAUCCUUGCAUUUUUCACCUUUGCGACUUUUUCCAUGUCUGGACUUGUGUUGAAAAUUCGCAUCUUUCAACGGAGGACAUUUCAGUGUCGAAGUGGCGUGUUGCAAGUGGACCAUGCUUUCGAGGUUGA